AUGAAGGCGUUUGCAACCAUCUUUCUGCAGCAGUGCCGGGCUAUUCGGAUCGAUUUUUGGUCAUCCCAUAUGGGCUCCUUUGGUGCCUUGGGAUAUCGCUGGAGCUGGCCUGUGAGACAUAUCACCGGGGCAGAUAAUCAUGAGUGGGUGGUAUAA